CGGUUCAUGAUGUUAGCGGUUACUUGUAUACUGUUUGUUGCUCUAACUGGAGGUGCCGCUGGAGAACUGGCCGCCCCUGAGAGGCUCUACAAGAUCCUUAUGCUCCUACCUGUCUCAUCUAAGAGCCACAGGAAUGUCUUCAUGCCGCUCGCUGAGGCUCUGGCCGACCGUGGUCACAAGAUAGUGAUGCUGACCAACCACCCGAAGUCGUCCAAACAUCCCAACAUCCAAGAAGUUAACCAUGGCCUCCCGUAUUUCCAUAACAUAAACAUGUUUAGUUACCUGAACGACCCGACUGGAGCCUUCUCCCAGUUUACUACCGUUCUUCCAGCAGUGGCUCGGGACCUUUACAAUGUUCCUGAGGUGAAGGAUCUAUAUGAGAGGAGGAAGGAAUUUGAUCUCUUUAUGGUUGAUCAUGCAUUCAACGAGGUGGCAUAUCCGUUCUUGCACGAGGCUACCUUCAUCAUGGUCACCACACCAGGGAUUGACUACCGUCAGAGUGCCGUUCUUGGCAACGUACUUCAUCCAGCAUAUGUUCCUAAUCACAUGACUGAUUUUCCACGUCCGCUCUCCAUUUGGAACCGCUUCCUUAACGCUAUGAUUCAAAUAAGAAUUGCAAUUUACUGGCGACACUGGACAAUUAUACCUCCUGUACAGAAAGAGAUCUCAGCGCAGUUCCCGGAGCUGCCGCCGUUGUUGGACAUAGAGAGGAACAUGAGUCUAGCGCUGAUGAACACACACUUUACCAGUGGCCUGCCACUGCCCCUCUUACCUUCCCAAGUGGAGGUGGGUGCCAUGCACUGUCGUCCAGGCAACCCCCUGCCUCAGGAGAUCGAGUCGUGGAUCUCUGAGGCUGGGUCUUCUGGCGUCAUAUACUUCAACUUGGGCACUGUUGCUAGCGGCCACAGCAUUCCAGUUCAGUACCGUGAUAUCUUCAUCAAGGCUUUCCGCAGGCUGCCACAACGAGUUAUCUGGAAAUAUGAAGGAGAGUUGGAGAACAUUCCUGACAAUGUGAAGAUCAGCGAAUGGCUUCCUCAGCAGGAUAUUCUUGCUCACGACAACGUUAAGAUGUUCAUCACACACUGUGGUCUCCUGAGCUUACAAGAAUCCAUCUACCAUGCUACACCUCUCCUCGCACUGCCCAUCUUCGCCGACCAGCCCAGGAACGCCAUGUUUGUUAGGAACUCUGAACUAGGACACUUUUUGGAGUGGGAAGAGCUCACUGAGGACAUGAUCAUCGACGCUGUUGCCGACAUUAUUACAAAUACCAAGUAUAAAGAAAACAUGCUGAGGAUGUCGAGGUUGAUGCGGGAUCAAUUGACCACGUCCAAGGAGCGAGCAGUGUUCUGGACGGAGUACGUCAUCCGUCAUCAUGGAGCGCCUCACCUGAGGUCCCCGGCAGCACAGCUCUCCUGGGUGGAGUUCCUCAUGCUCGACGUUAUCCUACUCCUCCAUUUGGCUUUAUUUAUCAUUUACUUCAUACUGCGUCGCAUUCUGAAAGUGAUUUCAGCAAAAAUCCUUAACAGAAAGAAGAAAAUUGAAUAGGAUUUAUAUUCUCAUAUACAUGAGGUACUCAUUGAAAAAGUACUUGGUAAUGAAGAGGACCCAAGACACGUAAAUACUAUCAAUCUAUCUCCUCACUUACGAAACCUAAAUUUUCACGUUUGUAAAGAACUCGCUCCCACAGAUUCCUUUUCAAUUUAUGAGUGUGUAUCCUCUGCCUUGUGAUCUGAGGUCUGGUGUUGUCUUUUUGUUUUAAUAUUCGAACUGUACCUCUCGAUAAAUUGGGAAAACCUCAUAAAACGUUUGAACAUGCGUUAGUAAAUUGGUUAUUUUAGUUCACUGUGUACCUUGGAUUUAUUUUACUCUCGUGACUUUCAUUUUAGCAGAAUAUUUCGUAAAUCAACACUGACGAUGUGGCAUGAUACACUGAAACGCUUAGCAAAUAAAAGAAGAUAUGAACCAUGA